GACUCCGGCAUCACAGGAACCAUCAUGGCCGCGACCGGCGAAUCAGCAAGCACAUACACAGGCCUCGACGAAGUCCUUCCCGGCCCAGCAGUGAUCAUCAGCCUGAUCGCCUACAACUCAACCGUCCAAGCCAUGAACACCACUCUCCACAACCUAUCCACCCAACUCACUAAUCAUACUACCCAAAUAAACACCACACUCACACCACCAACCUCGUACUCUUACUGGUCCUACAUCAAACCCAACUUCCUCGCCAGCCAAUCCGCCGGCGCAUCCAGCCUCUUCACAAGCCGCCUCCUCGGCAAAUCCGAGCUCUCGUCCCUCCCACAGCCAGACCUCAUCCACUACCUGCAGCAAAUCUCCGCCUCCCAAUCUGGAGAUGGCACCCUCCUCAUCUUCGGCCUCCAGGGCGGCCGCGGCACCGCUAACGUGCCUGAACAACGUCGCGGUAGCGUGCUUUCCUCGUGGCGCAGCGCAUACGCACACGUCAUGGCGUAUGGCGGCUCCGUGAACGAUACAGGGGAUCCUGCUGCGUCGUUGGCUGAGGCGGCGGAGUGGUAUGAGAGUGUGCUGGAGCCGGUGUGGAGGGAUUGGGCGCCGAAUAUGGGCGCGUACAUGAACGAGGGCAAUCCGUUUAGUAGUACCUGGAAAAGGGACUAUUAUGGGGAUGGGUAUGAGAGGUUAGCGGAGGUUAAGAGGAGGUAUGAUCCGAAUGGGAGUCUUUGGGUGUAUGCGGGGGUGGGAAGUGAUUUGUGGGAGUUUGAUUUGAGGAGUGGGCUGCUUUGUAGGGUGUAG